GUUCGUCGUAGAUCGGGUGUAGCGUUAAAAUGUAAUGAGAAUAUUAUUCGUUCUUUGUUUUGAAAACGUGAAAAACGCGACCGUGGUAUAAUGUAGCAACAAGUGUUCGAAUUUCCGCGAACGUUCGAAACUUCAAUUGGCGGCCAUGACCGACAAUCCGCUUGCGAUCAACGGAGAGGUUAAGAACCUGUUUCCUUUCAGCUUCGCCGAAAAAGUGCACCGCGAUUGGAUCAAGUCAGAAAAUCCUGACAAGAUUGUCACUUGCAAACAGACAGAGGACGUACAAUUUUUCCACGGUACGAAUCUUUGCUGUCGGUCGAAGAACAGUGAUACUGUUUUCGAUUGGAAUUUCCGGAUUUUGGCGCGCGGUAAAACUUUACAAAGGGUAGCAUUAACUUUAAAUCAAAAUCUCAGAAAUUUUGUUUUGAGAUCUGUGCGCGACAGCACCAAUGAGAUUGGGAUUACAAAUGGUCAGGAAUGGUGUAACGUAGAAUUUAAUGCAGCGAGCGAAAAUGAAAGUAACAAAGUAUAUUUUGUGAAAAUAUGGUUCGCUGCCAAUCAAUACGGCACUUACCGGCAGAAUAUUAUAUUUUACUUUGGGGAGUAUCCUGUGAUACUACAAAGAAUUUGUAUGGAUUGUUUACCCACCGAAGACUUCUUAAGAAUUUACGCAGCUACGGAUUAUCAAUUUUCUCAAAACCCAAAGACAUGGGUGAACGAAUCGCACAUACAUAGAUUCGAAUCGCCGUUUGUACCGCCAAAAGACCCGAAGGAGGAUAAAUUAUCUGCGAUAUAUCCAUAUCCUGACAGAACAAACUUUUUCUUGACUCAAGAAACACUUACCGAUCCCCAUUUAAUGCCAGAAAAUUACAGAGGUCGUCUCCACGAAUUGAUUACCGUGGAGGAGCUAGCUAGACACGAACAAAUCGCCAGAUACAAUGUACUUACUUGCGUGCGUCUUGUUUCUCAUUAUAUUUUGGCUUUGUCUGGCGAUGGGUCUACCAUUGCUAAGUAUGCACCGACCGGUGAGCUCUUUGCCCAGAUGCCACUAAGUCGAGGUGUCUCGGAAGAUACAAAAAGUGGUAGAUUAUUCUUGAGAGGUUGCACUAGCGUGCUUCUCAAGAGUAUAGAGAACAAAUCGAACUUACAUGCGAUAUUCGAGGGCCACAUAGAGGACAAAUGUACUCAAACCGUGUAUAUUAGAUUGUCGAAAAAUUGCGUGGAUGCUUUAAAUUUGGUAGCUAAUACAAAUCUGAGAGUGCAGGUACAAUUUGUGUUAAAUCGUUUGCCAUUUUGCGAAUGGCACAGAGCCGUAGAUAGCCUUCCAGACAUAGGACUAGUAUUUUUAAACAAGGCUCACAUGGAAAUAAAAGAUGCAGAAAUUUUAGAUCUACUGAACAGGGAUACGUAUACCGCUAGACAAAAUUUGGAUUGGCUAUUACUGAAUUCUCUAUUGAACAUAGAACAGAAAAGAGCUCUGGCUAUUAUGACAGCUUCCAUAGAGGUUCCUUUACCACCUAUUUUGCUACUUGGACCAUUUGGAACUGGGAAAACGUUCACCAUUGCCCAGGCUCUUCGUAUAUUGCUCACGAAAAACAGCGAGCAUAAGAUUCUGCUUUGUACGCACAGUAACAGUGCGGCGGAUCUAUACAUUAAAGAGUUCUUUGACGUUUGGUACAGAACAGAGAAGUAUCCACGAUUGAAGCCUGUUAGAAUCUUUUACAAGGAUCGGGCUAAGAAUACGGUACAUCCGAUAGUCCAAGGGUAUAGUCUGAUGAAGGAUAACGGUACUUUCCGUGAUCCAACCGAGGAGGAUCUCCAAGAUUGCGGUAUAAUCGUGACGACUUUAGCGGCGUCUAGCUCUCUAACGUGCUUGAACUUAUCGUUCACACACAUAGUAAUCGACGAAGCCGCUCAGGCGUUAGAAUGUGAAGUCCUGAUACCGCUGGCGUUAGCCACUAGACAGACACGUUUGAUUCUAGCGGGUGAUCAAAUGCAACUCGCUCCAGAAAUUUAUAGCGACCUAGCCAGUGAGCGUGGCCUGAGCGUGAGUUUUCUCGAGAGGAUCUAUGGAAUGUACCCGCACACCCAUCCUUGUAGAAUACAUCUUUGUCAGAAUUACCGUUCUCACGAGGACAUCGUUAAAUUUACGUCCGAAAUGUUUUACGAUGGGGUCGUAAAGCCUGCUAAUAAUUUAUUAUUAAAGCAUCCUGUAUUAAAACCAUUGACCUUCUAUGCUGUUCAGAGCGAAGAAGUGCAGGAUAUACAUUCAACGGGUUAUGUCCACGAGACGGAGGCAUACGAGGUAGUUACUCGUGUGCUAGAGUUGAAAAACAACUGGCCGGUAGAUCGUUGGGGACCAUACGGCGAGGAAUCGAUAGGAGUGUUGGCUUAUUACGCGGAACAGGUGCGGAGGAUACGCACGGAACUGCGGAAACGCAAACUGUCCGACGUGUCCGUCGAAAGGGUGCUGAAUGUCCAGGGGAAGCAAUUCACCGCAGUCUUUAUCAGUACCGUUCGAACCAGAAACUGCUGCAGAUAUUCCGCGGAGAGGAACGUGAAAGAUUACGGGUUCCUAACGAAUCCGAGGCUCUUGAACACGGCCAUCACGCGGGCGAAAUGUUUCGUGGCCGUGGUCGGCGACCCGGUUGCGCUUUUAACGAUAGGCUCUUGUCGAAAGCUCUGGCAAAGGUAUCUGGAGAUCGCUGAUCUUCACGGCACCGACCGGGAAACCGUCAAGUAUCAUCUCGAUCUUGUCCGCGAACUUCCGUUCACCACGCCGUUGAACCCACUGGCGGAGGAGUUCGUGCCCAGGAAUCGACAACGACCUUACUUCGUCGAGUACGUGCCAGUAUCGAUUAUGUAUCCGGUGAUUAAUUACACGAAUUACUGAAAGUAGUUAUCGUCCGUCGCAAACGCUACCUUAAUCUCGACUUUCAGUAUUUGGUUUUGAUUUCCAUUUCAUUUCUCUUUCUCAUCAAUUCUGUACAUACGUAUCAACCUUUUUUUUAGACCAGCCGUUUUUCUAGCUCCGUAUUAUCCUCUCCGAUGAAUUUUGUUGCUACGAUCGGUGGAAACGAUACAGUGAAUUUACCCAAGGUGCGCUAGUGUGACGAAACCUUUCUUUUGGUCAUUGUUAUGCGAUACGAUGCGGUGUGUAUUAUAAGAAUGUGAUAUACGCGAGUUGUAACAGAACUGAAUAUAUCGAUGCAAUAAAAAAAAAGAAGAAAAAAAAAUAAAACAAAAUA